GCGCCGGAAACAACCUGCCAACACUCACUGAAGAAAAGAGCAGAAGAGGAACAGAAGCAGCUGCGGCCCCUGCUGGCUGGCAGUAGAGAUGAAACUGAAUAAAUGGAGUCAACAAACUGCAAAUUAGGCGUUAUUUCUGCGCAACUGAGUUGACAACAGUGGUGGUGGGUGGAGCCUCUCUGCAGCCAUUAUGGAGGAUACACAGGAAGACCUUUCCCCCGCCCCCUCUGACAAGAACAGCCCCUCCCUCUCCAUCAGCUCCUCCCCCUCCCAGUCUCUUCCUUCCACCCCCUCCUCCUCCUCUGGACCUGCCCAGCCCGCCACGCCUCCUCUAGGCGUCAUCAGCGAGGGCAUCAGUGAGCUGAGCCUGGUGAUAGAUGCUGAGGUGGCCCACCAGGCGUGUCAGGAGGUCCUACAGAAGGUGAAGCUGCGGCAUGUAGACUCUGACCCCACCCAGCAACAGAACGGGCCGGGGACAGACAGCGCCUCCCACACACCACCUAUCCCUUCCAUCAAACAGAUCCGCGAAGAGGAAGACACCCCAGAGGGCCCUGCGCCCAGCUCGGUGAAGAGUGCCCGGCGUCGGCAGAGACACAACCCCUCCAAACAGUCGUGGCUGCUGCGCCUCUUUGAGUCUAAACUAUUUGAUGUCUCCAUGGCGAUCUCCUACCUGCACAAAUCCAAGGAGCCUGGCGUGCAGGCGUACAUCGGGAACCGGCUGUUCAGCUUCCCGCAUGAGGAUGUGGACUUCUACCUGCCACAGCUUCUCAACAUGUACAUCCACAUGGAUGAGGACGUUGGAGACGCCAUCAAGCCCUACGUGGUGCACCGCUGCAGACAGAGCAUCUCCUUCAGCCUGCAGUGCGCUUGGCUGCUGGGAGCGUACUCCUCCGAUAUGCACAUCUCCGCACAGCGUCACUCCCGAGGAACCAAACUCAGGAAGCUCAUCCUGUCAGAUGAACUCAAACCAUCGGGGCCUCGAGCUCGCAGGGAGCUGACUCUGACCCCAUUUUGUCCAGGGCCGUCCCCUGGAGGCCUGGCAACUGAAAACAGCCUGUCUCCAUCCAAACGGACACAUCAGCGCUCCAAAUCUGACGCCACGGUCAGCAUCAGUCUGAGCAGCAACCUGAAGAGGACGGCUAGCAACCCAAAGGUGGAGAGCAGCCAGGAUGAGGGCAGCUGUUCCAGCUCCGACAGUCUGGAGUUGGAUUCUGGUCCCCCAGUGCGCCUGGCUCCUCAGAGGGAGUUCAUGAAAUCCCUGAUGGGAAUUGGGAAGCGCCUGGCCACGCUGCCCACCAAAGAGCAGAAGACUCAGCGGCUGAUCUCUGAGCUGUCACUGCUCAACCACAAGCUUCCGGCUCGAGUCUGGCUGCCCACCGCCGCCUUCGACCACCAUGUGGUCCGCGUGCCGCACACACAGGCCGUAGUGCUCAACUCCAAAGACAAGGCUCCCUACCUGAUCUACGUGGAGGUUCUAGAAUGUGAGAACUUUGAGACGUCUAGCGUUCCGAUGCGGAUACCAGAGAACCGGAUCAGGAGCACACGUUCUGUCGAGAACCUGCCAGACUGCGGCAUGAUGGUGGAGCAGCGAGCCGGAAGCUUCUCUGUUGUCCCGAACUAUGACAAUGACGAUGAAGCCUGGUCUGUGGAUGACAUUGGAGAACUACAGGUGGAGCUCCCAGAGGGCCACACCAACAGCUGUGACAACAUCAGUCAGUUCUCAGUGGAUAGCAUCACCAGCUUGGACAGCAAAGAGCCCGUCUUCAUCGCCGCUGGAGACAUCAGGCGGCGUCUGUCUGAGCAGUUGGCUCAGGCCCCCACCACCUUUAAACGGGACCCGGAGGACCCAUCAGCAGUGGCCUUGAAGGAGCCCUGGGAGGAGAAAGUCCGAAGGAUCAGGGAAGGUUCUCCAUAUGGUCACCUCCCAAACUGGAGGCUUUUGUCAGUCAUCGUGAAGUGUGGAGAUGACCUGAGACAGGAGCUGCUUGCGUACCAGGUCCUGCAGCAGCUCAAGUCCAUCUGGGAGCAGGAGCGCGUCCCGCUUUGGAUCAAGCCCUAUAAGAUCCUGGUCCUGUCUGCAGACAGCGGGAUGAUAGAGCCUGUGGUGAACGCCGUGUCCAUCCACCAGGUGAAGAAGCAGAGCCAACUCUCUCUUCUCGACUACUUCCUGCAGGAACAUGGCACUCCGACCACUGAAGAGUUUCUGACAGCUCAAAGGAACUUUGUCCAAAGCUGCUCUGGUUAUAGUCUCAUCUGCUACCUGCUGCAGGUCAAAGACAGGCACAACGGGAACAUCCUGCUGGACGCUGAAGGACACAUCAUCCACAUCGACUUCGGCUUCAUCCUGUCCAGUUCUCCCAGGAACCUCGGCUUCGAGACGUCUGCCUUCAAACUCACUACGGAAUUUGUGGAUGUGAUGGGUGGUCCAGAUGGAGACAUGUUUAACUACUACAAGAUGCUGAUGCUCCAGGGUCUGAUUGCAGCCAGGAAGCACAUGGACCGAGUACUGCAGAUUGUAGAGAUAAUGCAGCAAGGCUCCCAGCUGCCUUGCUUCCAUGGGUCCAGCACCAUGCGAGGUCUGAAGGAACGUUUCCACAUGAGUCUCACGGAGGAGCAGUUGCAACUGCUGAUCGAUCAGUUGGUGGACGGAUCAAUGAGGUCCCUCACCACCAAACUGUACGACGGCUUCCAGUACCUCACCAAUGGCAUCAUGUGACCUCAGCCACAUAUCCUGUGUCAUCAUGAAGCUUUUAGAACUUCUUUUAUUCCAGUUUUUUUGUCAUUUCUUGUUUUUCUGCAGAGGUUUUGUUUCCUCUUGACUGUGUUUGAUCUCCAUCCUUCUCUUCUUAUGCUUUGUUUUCCAUAUUUGGGCCAAGGCCCCUUAUUGGCUGUUCAACAGGACUUUUGGCCAAUCAGAGAGCAGCCCAGUUUUAGUUGAACUGUGAACCAUGACCAGGUCUUUUCCAUGAUUAAGUGUGAACCAGUUUGUGUUUGAGCCAUUAAAAACAGCCAGUGUGCACCUGCA